AUAGAGGGAGCUUUACCGCCAAAAUGCGGCGUUUUGAAAUGGAGAAACACUCCGUAUCUUUCUGAGGACACACACUCAGAGACGGACAAAGAGAGAUUCAGUGGUGUGGGCAAUUCCAUUUCAUACGGAAAUGGAGGACGAAGACGAAAUUCUUUCCGAUUCAGAAGAAUCUGAACCUUCCGAUUCCAGCGACGAAUUCACCGUCGACCGCAAAGAAUAUGAAGAAGAAGAAGAAGAAGAAGAAGGAGAAGAAGACCUCCAAGACGAUGCCGUAUGCGAGAAUCAGCACCCAAGGAGAAUUUCUCAGCUGCCACCGCCAAUUGAAGACCGGAAAUCAAAGAAUGUGGAUGCUCUCGUCAGAGGCAACCUCGUAGUGAGAAGACAGUCGCUGCUUCCGCGAGUUCUAUCAGUGACUGAAGGGUCUGCUGUUUGUAGGAAGCCUUUUAAACCACCUUGCUCUAAUGGCUACCUUGAUCAGAAUGAGAAUCUUACUCGUCGUCUCUGGGCCCGUAAACGAUUUGUUCCUUGGGGUUCUUCGAGACCAGCUUUGGUGGCAAUUACGAAUCGUUUCUAUAUACCAAAUGCUGUCGAGAAAAUUGUAGAGGAGGAGAGUGUGACACUGCCACCUGGGGUUGAACCUUUGAUCUUGUGGCAAUCUGAAGAUUCUGAGCAUGCGGCUGCUAGUGUGGUGCAGAUAGUGGUAGAUCCAUUGCUUGUCCGUUUCCUACGACCACAUCAAAGAGAAGGUGUACAGUUUAUGUUUGAAUGCGUUUCGGGGUUAUGUAGUUCUGCAAACAUUUAUGGUUGCAUACUGGCUGAUGAUAUGGGUUUGGGAAAGACAUUGCAGUCAAUCACAUUACUUUACACUCUUCUUCGUCAAGGGUUUGAUGGGAAACCAAUGGCUAAAAAGGCUAUUAUAGUCACUCCUACCAGUCUUGUAAGCAACUGGGAGGCUGAAAUCAAGAAAUGGGUUGGAGAAAGAGUUGAGCUCAUUGCUCUAUGUGAAAGUACCAGAGAUGAUGUUGUUUCUGGAAUUGACUCAUUCACAAGUCCCCACAGCUCAUUACAGGUUCUUAUUGUUUCGUAUGAGACAUUCCGGAUGCAUUCACCAAAAUUUAGUCACAAUGAAUCUUGUGACCUUCUAAUAUGCGAUGAGGCUCACAGGCUCAAAAAUGAUCAGACAAUUACCAAUCGGGCAUUGGCUGCUUUGCCAUGCAAGCGGCGAAUUUUGUUGUCUGGAACUCCAAUGCAGAAUGACCUAGAAGAGUUCUUUGCCAUGGUAAAUUUUACUAAUCCAGGAAUUUUAGGUGAUGCUGCCCAUUUUCGCCGCUAUUAUGAGGCACCUAUUAUAUGUGGAAGAGAACCUACUGCUUCUGAUGAACAGAGGAAGCUAAGUGUUGAACGAUCUGCAGAACUAAGUGGCAAAGUUAACCAGUUUAUAUUGCGUAGGACAAAUGCACUACUGUCAAAUCAUCUGCCACCAAAGAUAGUUGAAGUUGUUUGUUGCAAGUUGACUCCUCUCCAAUCUGACCUAUAUAAUCAUUUUAUACAUUCUAAAAAUGUUAAAAGGGCCAUUUCUGAGGAAUUGAAGCAAUCAAAAAUUUUGGCUUAUAUAACAGCACUUAAGAAGCUUUGCAAUCAUCCAAAGCUCAUUUAUGACACUAUAAGAAGUGGAAGUCCAGGAACUUCAGGUUUUGAGGACUGUAUUCGCUUUUUCCCCCCAGAGAUGUUCUCCGGAAGAUCUGGAUCAUGGACUGGAGGAGAUGGGGCUUGGGUUGAACUGUCUGGAAAAAUGCAUGUCUUAGCUCGGUUACUGGCUCACUUACGUCAAGGGACUGAUGACCGUAUUGUACUCGUCUCAAACUAUACUCAGACGCUGGACCUUUUUGCUCAGUUGUGUCGUGAAAGAAGAUACCCAUAUUUGAGGCUUGAUGGAACAACAUCCAUCAGUAAAAGACAGAAGCUAGUGAACCGUUUUAAUGAUCCAUCAAAGGAUGAAUUUGUGUUUCUCUUAAGUAGCAAGGCUGGUGGUUGUGGUCUCAAUUUGAUAGGUGGAAAUCGGCUAGUUUUGUUUGAUCCUGAUUGGAAUCCCGCCAAUGAUAAACAAGCUGCUGCAAGAGUCUGGAGGGAUGGACAAAAGAAAAGAGUAUUCAUAUAUAGAUUUUUGAGUACUGGAACCAUCGAAGAAAAGGUGUACCAGCGUCAGAUGUCAAAAGAAGGGCUUCAAAAAGUUAUCCAACAGGAGCAAAUAGAUAACCUCACAGCACAGGUAAAUGUUCUUUCAACAGAAGAUCUCCGUGAUCUAUUCACCUUUCAUGAGAAUGUGAGAUCUGAAAUUCAUGAAAAGAUGAACUGCAUCCGUUGUCAAAACCAUAAUGACAUGCCUGAGAAUGUAGUUAACGGAGAUGACAAUCAGUCAAUCAGCACAAGUUGUCAGUCUGAUGAAGACACUGCUGAUAUAGGUGGAUUUGCAGAAAUUACAGGAUGCUUAGGCAAGUUAAAGAGCUCAGAGAAACAGGUAGGUGUACCUCUAGAAGAAGAUUUAGGAAGCUGGGGUCAUCAUUUCUUCUCAACUUCAGUACCCGAUGCUAUUUUACAAGCUUCAGCUGGGGAUGAGGUGACAUUUAUUUUUACAAACCAAGUAGAUGGGAAGCUUGUACCUAUUGACUCAACAAAAAGUCCAAAGGUUCAGGCUGCAGAAGAAAAUGACAAUCAUCUCAAGUUAAAGAAAAAUCUAAACCAGAAAACCAUGUUAAUGUCUCGACAUAAAAGGUCGAUAGAAUCUGUUCUUUCCAAUCAAAAUUCUACCAGGAGUGCCUUUUCUAUCUCUUGCAAGCCUUCACAAAGGGCAGCUGUGAAAUGUGUGAGAGCUUCUUUAAAGGGCUCGGUGGACGAAUUAUUGAAGUCUAAACUCUCUGCUGGGAAUCAAUUACCUCAGAAACGAUUGUCUCCUGAUACUGUGGGACACGAUGACGAUUUUGCGUAAAACGAAUCAUUAGUAUUCUUUUGGGCGCAUUUCCUCAAUUGGGAUGCAGAUUUUCCACCUAUGGCUAUGAAAGUGUGGAAACUGAUUCUAUAAUCACGUAUACAGAACCUAACCAUGAAUGCUGAAUACCCUUCAAUUUUAUACUCAUAGAAAUUUUUUGUUGAUGAGAACGGUUGAUUUGCCAUUUGUUAGGUAACAUAUUACACGUAAAUUGUAACAGGACAAAUUUUUACCUAUUUGUUUAGUUUAGAAUAACUUGUAACAAAAAAUCCAACUUGUAUAAGAUGAAAGUUAUUUAUGGCAUUUGGUUGUAUUGAAAGUUUCAAAAAUAAAAAUUUCUAUGAUAUUUUGUUGGUA